AUGGAGCGAAUCGCACAGGAGUUCACCGACUUUUACUACUCGACCUUCGACUCUGAUCGAAAUGCGCUCGUGAACCUUUACCGAGCCAACUCGAUGCUCACCUUUGAAGGAUCACAAGUGCAAGGCGCACCCGCCAUCGUCGAGAAGCUCACCAGCCUUCCCUUCCAAAAAGUGCAGCACAAGGUCGAAACGCGCGACGCCCAACCCACCGGCGACGGCAACUCGCUCGUCGUCCUCGUCACCGGCACCUUGGCCGUCGACGACGGUGCCAACCCCUUGAAGUUCAGCCAGGCGUUCACGCUCAACCCCGAAAACGGCAGCUUUUACGUUUUCAACGACGUCUUCCGGUAUGUACAUGACUGCAGUUGGUGCGGCACAAGGUGA